GGCAGCUCCCCACUCCGCUGCUGCCGCCGCCGCUGCCGCCGUCGCCCGAGGAGGAUCCGGGCAGGGCCGGGCCGGGCCGGGAUGGUCGGGGUCGGGAGGCCACCGCCGCCGCCGCCGCCGGAGGGAGCGGGCCGCCCAGCGCCGCACUGAGCCGCCCCCGCCCCGCCCCGGCCCCGGGGGAUGCGCCGCCCCGCGCCGCUGCCUUCACCGCCGCCGCAGCCGCAGCCGCAGCCGCAGCGGACACCGAGCAGGUAGAUGGCCCCCCAAGGGCAGGCCCUGCGGGCACCCCUCCCUCCGGCUGGCGGAUGCAGUGCCUAGCGGCUGCUCUUAAGGACGAAACCAACAUGAGUGGGGGAGGGGAGCAGGCCGACAUCCUGCCGGCCAACUACGUGGUCAAAGAUCGCUGGAAGGUGCUGAAGAAGAUCGGGGGUGGGGGCUUCGGUGAGAUCUACGAGGCCAUGGACCUGCUGACCAGGGAGAACGUGGCUCUCAAGGUGGAGUCGGCCCAACAGCCUAAGCAGGUCCUCAAGAUGGAGGUGGCUGUGCUCAAAAAGCUUCAAGGGAAGGACCACGUGUGCAGGUUCAUUGGCUGUGGCAGGAACGAGAAGUUUAACUAUGUGGUGAUGCAACUCCAGGGCCGGAACCUGGCCGACCUGCGCCGCAGCCAGCCGAGGGGCACUUUCACGCUGAGCACCACACUGCGGCUGGGCAAGCAGAUCCUGGAGUCCAUCGAAGCCAUUCACUCUGUGGGUUUCCUGCACCGCGACAUCAAGCCGUCGAACUUUGCCAUGGGCCGGCUGCCCUCCACCUACAGAAAGUGCUACAUGUUGGACUUUGGGCUGGCCCGGCAGUACACUAACACCACGGGGGACGUCAGGCCUCCUCGGAAUGUGGCCGGGUUCCGGGGGACUGUCCGCUACGCCUCGGUCAACGCUCACAAGAACCGGGAGAUGGGCCGUCAUGAUGACCUGUGGUCUCUCUUCUACAUGCUGGUGGAGUUUGCAGUGGGCCAGCUGCCCUGGAGGAAGAUCAAGGACAAGGAGCAGGUGGGGAUGAUCAAGGAGAAGUACGAGCACCGCAUGCUCCUGAAGCACAUGCCGUCUGAGUUCCACCUCUUCCUGGACCACAUCGCCAGCCUUGACUACUUCACCAAGCCCGAUUACCAGUUGAUCAUGUCGGUAUUUGAGAACAGCAUGAAGGAGCGAGGCAUUGCCGAGAACGAGGCCUUCGACUGGGAGAAGGCAGGCACCGAUGCCCUCCUGUCCACGAGCACCUCCACCCCACCCCAGCAGAACACACGGCAGACAGCAGCCAUGUUUGGAGUGGUCAAUGUGACACCGGUGCCUGGGGACCUGCUUCGUGAGAACACUGAGGAUGUGCUGCAGGGAGAGCACCUGAGUGACCAGGAGAACGCACCCCCAAUCCUGCCCGGGAGGCCUCCAGAGGGCUUGGGCCCUGGUCCCCACCUUGUCCCCCACCCUGGGGGUCCUGAGGCUGAAUUGUGGGAGGAGACAGAUGUCAACCGCAACAAACUGCGCAUCAACAUUGGCAAAACCCCCUGUGUGGAGGAAGAGCAGAGUCGAGGAGUAGGGGUCCCCAGUUCCCCAGUGCGUGCCCCCCCAGACUCCCCAACAACCCCAGUGCGGUCUCUGCGGUACCGGAGGGUCAACAGCCCAGAGUCGGAGAGGCUGUCUACAGCCGCGGAUGGUCGGGUGGAGCUGCAGGAGAGGAGGUCACGGAUGGAUCUGCCUGGUUCACCGUCACGCCAGGCCUGUUCCUCACAACCAGCUCAGAUGCUAUCAGUAGACACAGGCCACGCUGACAGGCAGGCCAGCGGCCGCAUGGACGUGUCAGCCUCCGUGGAGCAGGAGGCCCUGAGCAACGCCUUCCGCUCAGUGCCACUGGCUGAGGAGGAAGACUUUGACAGCAAGGAGUGGGUCAUUAUUGACAAGGAGACAGAGCUCAAGGACUUCCCUCCUGGGGCUGAGCCUAGCACAUCAGGCACCACCGACGAAGAGCCCGAGGAGCUUCGGCCGUUGCCUGAGGAGGGAGAGGAAAGGAGGCGUCUGGGGACAGAGCCUGCUGUCAGGCCGCGUGGACGUGGUAUGCAGACACUGGCAGAGGAGGACCCACGGCAGAUGCUGCCCCAGCCUGCACCACCUCAGUCGAGCCAGGCUGAUGGCCGGUCAGAGACAUCACAGCCACCCACGCCUGGCAGCCCUUCCCACUCACCCCUGCACUCGGGACCCCGCCCUCGACGGAGAGAGUCGGAUCCCACAGGCCCUCAGAGACAGGUGUUCUCUGUGGCUCCCCCAUUUGAGGUGAAUGGCCUUCCACGAGCUGUGCCUCUGGGCUUGCCCUACCAGGACUUCAAGAGAGACCUCUCUGAUUAUCGAGAACGGGCCCGGCUGCUCAACAGAGUCCGGAGGGUGGGCUUCUCACACAUGCUGCUCACCGCCCCCCAGGUCCCAUUGGCUUCCUUUCAGCCUCAGGCCAAUGGGAAAGAGGGAGAAGAGGAAGAGGAGGAGGGAGAGGAGGAGGAAGAGGAGGAAGAAGAGGAAGAGGAAGAAGACGAUGAGGAAGAAGAGGAAGAAGAUGAAGAUGAGGAGGAGGAGGCAGGGGCCCUUGGGGAGGUGCUGGGGCCUCGAAGUGGCUCUAGCAGUGAGGGCAGUGAGCGAAGCACUGAACGGAGCCAGGAGGGCGCCCCAUCCACACUGCUGGCUGAUGACCAGAAAGAGGCCAGGGGUCGGGCCUCCAUGGCUGAUGGGGACCUGGAGCCAGAGGAGGGCUCCAAAACGCUGGUGCUCGUCUCCCCCGGUGACAUGAAAAAGUCACCAGUCACUGCCGAACUGGCCCCUGACCCUGAUCUGGGCACCUUGGCUGCGCUCACCCCUCAGCAUGAGCGGCCUCAGCCCACUGGAAGCCAGCUGGAUGUAUCCGAACCGGGCACCCUGUCCUCCAUCCUCAAGUCUGAACCCAAGCCCUCAGGACCCGGAGCAGGGGUUGGGGUUGGGCUGGUGGCUCCCGGGGCUGGAGUCACAGCAGUGACAUCACCCUUCACCAAAGUGGAAAGGACCUUCGUUCACAUUGCAGAGAAAUCCCACCUCAACGUCAUGUCUUCCGGAGGACAGGCCUCCAGGCCUGAGGAGUUGAGCACUGGGGGCGAGUUGGGCCUGGAGAUGCUCUCUGAGGGGGGCAUGGCAGAGGAGGGGGCCCCAGCGCCUCUGGAGGAUGGCAUGGCUUUGGCAGGGCUGGAUGGGACCGAGAUGGAGAGCUGUGCCCUGUCUGGCCCUCCCGGGGAAACACCCUCAGAGGUAGUCACAGACUCAUUGCCCAAUGGCCCAGCCCUUGCUGAUGGACCAGCUCCAGCACCCCCACAAGAGCCAAUAACCAAGAAAGGGACCACCAUCUCCCCCAGCCGCCAUGCUAUACCAGGAUCUCGGCCCAGGAGCCGUAUUCCCGUCUUGUUGUCUGAAGAGGACACAGGCUCAGAACCCUCGGGCUCACUGUCAGCCAAAGAGCGGUGGAGCAAGAGGGCGCGGCCACAGCAGGACCUGGCUCGGCUGGUGAUGGAGAAGAGGCAGGGCCGGCUGUUGCUGCGGCUGGCCUCAGGAGCCUCAUCCUCCUCUAGCGAGGAGCAGCGCCGUGCCUCUGAGACACUCUCAGGCACAGGCUCUGAGGAGGACACACCUGCCUCAGAGCCCACAACAGCCUUGCCUAGGAAGGCUGGGCGGGCAGCGACCUCCCGGAGCCGGAUUCCCCGCCCCAUCAGUGUGUCCAUGCCUGCAGAAGGCCAGCAGUUUCCUGGCAGAUCUCAUGGUGCGGCCUCAGCGACCGACUCGGCCAUCACCAGCAGGCUCCAGUUGCAGAAGCCCUCAGGGUUGGCCCCUGCUGCCGACCUCCGUCCCAAACAGUCCGCGAGCCGGGGUCCCGGCCUAGGUCGCGCCCAAGUCUCCAAGCCCGCAGCACCCCGCAGUCCCGGCCUCCCCGCCUCCACUGCGCGCCACAUCAGCGGGUCUCCGCGGAGCCAGUCCCUGCCCCGCAAAGAGAGCUCCUCCCCUUCGCAUCAAGCCCGUCCUGGCGUCCCUCCAUCCCGGGGGGUCCUCCAAGUCAGAUCUCAGCCGGAGGCCUCCCCGGGGGCCCCCAAGAAAGGACCCAGGGGGAAACAACUGCAGACUCAGCGCGCAGCAACCAAAGGCCGGGCGGCGGUUUCAGAGGGUCGGUCCGGGACUAGAUAA